AUGGCUUGUGCAACUAACAAGGAAACAGAUUCAUACCGAGAUGAUGUAUCAAAUAUAUCAUCGAUGUCAACAACAGGGACAGCUUCUACAGCUACAUCGCCACCACCAUAUUCAUCGUUGUUAUUUUUGAAUGCAGCUUCUGAAGUAGUCGAACAAAUAAUUAACUAUUUAGAAUUGGAAGACAAUGAUAAGAAAGAUGAAAUUAUUUCAGAUUUAUUAACAAAUGGCCGUCAAGCUCUGUACAAACAUCAAAAAGACAUAAUUCCGGAAUUACUGUCACAAGAAAAAGAGUAUAAAGUAGAAGAUGGAAGCUCACUAUUAAAAAUAAUUAAACAAUAUAUUACUGAAACUUGGGAAAGAUUGUUAGUUAAUCAACCAACAAUCAUUUCAUUUAUCAGUGACACAAAAAAAGAAAAUUCUAUUCAUUUUGAUAAUGUAUUAACCAGAAUAGCAGAAUAUGGUUCAAAUCAUGCAAAUGCAUCGUUUAUUUUAUCGUUCGUCUUACAAUUAUUAUCCGAAAGUAUUGAUGAUGAAUGUUUUUUGAAAACAAAUACAUACAAAGAGUUGUGGAAUUCAAUUACAAUUCAAGGUAUUCAGGGUAUUAAAACAGCUUCGCGACAUGUUCCUGCAGAAGAAUUAGAGCAACAUAUUAAUAACAAAAAGUCACCUGUGUAUUUGGCAUUACGAAUGUAUUAUGAAGAAGAAAUAAAAAUCUUAUUUGGAAAACUUAAAAUUCCAAACAGAAAAAAUACAUUAUAUGAUUUAGCAUCUGAUACCAUCACAGAAAAUGGAUGGUUACAAGGUAUUCAAUCAAUCAAAGCGAAGAUAACUGAAACACAUUAUGAUAUGUUAACGAAAUCAAUAGAAUCGCGUAUUCAAAACCAAUAUUCAACUGUAUCUGAUCAAGUUCCCACCAUACAAAAUACUGGUGCGUGUAAUGUUAGUGUGGCACCAGUCAACGAAAUAUUAUCGAGUGGAUUAUUGAAUUCAAAUCAGAACGUAGCAAAUACAAAUUUCGAGCAUUCUAUGGAUACAACACAUAAUCAUCCAAUAGCUACUAUACAAAAUGAUCCUGCAACUGUAACAACUAAUACAUCGGUUAAUGCAGUCACUAAUUUGUCGUCAUUGGAGGAAAUUGAGAAUAAAACAUCAUCCCAGAAAACAAUAGAAACAAUAAUGGCGAAAACCAAUGAUUUUAAUGAGGAAAUUGAUAUCAUUAUGAAAUGUAAAAAACAAAAUUAUUUGACCUUAGAAAAUUUAGUUGAAGCUGGUGAAUUAAUUUAUGUUAAUAAAACUUUAAAAGAGAUUUCCAAUGAUUUUAUUCAUAGCAUAAAUAAAGAUAAACCAAAUUUAGCUAAGUUUAUCGAAGAAUGUCAAAUUCCAAUUAUGUUUCUUCUCAAACGACAACAAAAUUUAGAUGAUUUUAUUUCAAUAUUAACAAAUAUUUUCGAAGAUGCUAAAAGUGAUCAAUCACUUUCAACUGGAUUUAAAUUAAAUUUACGUCGAUUUUUACAUAUUCUAUUAUUGAAUAGUGAUACAUUUUUAAGUCGUAUUAUUAUGUCAUUAAUAAGUAAACGAAAUCCUGUACCAUUUGUUGAACCAAAUAUUAAAUUUUGGAAUAUGAAUGAUGGUAAUAAUAUAGCCAAAUAUGAAUUUAUUUCCUCUAUAAUUCAUAUUUGGGAUCAUACACGACCCACAAUAUUAUCGUUCGGAAUCGGUAAUGAUUGCCAAGGUAAAUCAACAUUAUUAAAUGUUUUAUUUCAAUCUACAUUUGAACAAAGUGAAAGAAGUAUUUAUUUUCAAGAAACAAUUGAUAUUGAUUUUGGUUAUUCAUUUAAUCCCGAACGACAACUAAAUAUAGCUGAUUGUCAUGGUGAAAUGAGUAUUGAAUUAUUAACUAAAAUACGUCCUUUGUUUGAUGGAUAUUUAAUUCAUAUUAAUAAGAUGUAUUUGGAAAAAUAUCCGAAAACAGUUAUUGAAUAUUUACAAUUAAUACCAAGAAAUAAAUUUUAUUUCAUUUUUGUUCGUGAUAUUAAUCAUUCUUCUAAUGCAUCUGAAAUACAAAAUCAAUGUCAAAAAUUAAUUGAUUCAUCUGAUUCGAUAAAUACUCGUCGAUUAUCAAUCUGUCCAUUAAUUAACAUGUCAAAUACAACUGACAGAGAAAUACAGCGCAUUCUACAACGUCUACGCAAUCAAAUACUUAAAUCAGUUGAUGAUCAAAAAGAGAAUCUUGUUGACAAUGAAAUAUUUCAAAAUUGCAUCGAGAAACUGUUAAAUAAAAAUUAUAUUUCGUAUUUGCAUGAAACUGAUAACAUCAUUCAACCAUUAAAAAAACGUUUAUUAAGCAAAAACUCAGACGAUCCUGAUCAAAAUAAUUUUCCAUUAUAUUUGAAAUUCAUAAAAUUAUGUGAAUUACGUCAAGAAUUGAAAAAAAUUGAUUUCUAUGGAUCUAAAGGUGAAAACAAAUUUGAUAUAAAUAAUUCAAUAUGUCUGUUAGAAAAUCAAUCAUCACCCGAUUAUGAUACAGUUGGAUAUGUUUUUCAAAAUUUUAUUCAAAUAUUAGGAAGUGAUCAUAUGUUAAUGAGUCUUAAUUUGUUAUCAUCGGAAUUGAGACAAAUAUCAUUAAAUCAAGGUGGUGAUAAAUUAGCAAAUAAUCUGUCUGUUGCAAGAUCAUUUCUUUCAUUAGAAGUCAUCUGGCGAAAUGCAAUUGUCUGUUAUAAGCAUGCUUCCUCAUCUGACCAAAAUAAGAUAUUACGAUGUUACAUCGAAUACAUUAAAGCGGGAUUUCCAUUUGAAAUAAUUGAUGGAGAUCAUUUUUAUUUUCAGCAUGAAUUUCUAAGCGAAGUGAUGAAAAGCUUUGAGAAAACGCGUAUUUUGGUAAUUAGUAUUAUUGGUCCACAAAACAGCGGUAAAAGUACAUUAUUAAAUUAUAUGUUUGGUACCUUAUUUGAAGUACGAGAGGGCCGUUGUACACGAGGUAUUUAUGGCUCCUUUGUUAAAUGCAAUAGUAUUCCAGGUAUUGAUUACAUUCUGCUGAUAGAUACUGAAGGUCUUUUGUCUAUUGAAAAAUCUGAUAAAGAAUAUGAUCGACGUUUGGUUUUAUUUUCUUUGGCAAUUUCGCAUUUAAUGAUUGUUAAUAUGUUAGGAGAUGUUAAUGAAACACUAAAAGAUAUGUUAACACUUUGUACAGAUUCAUUGAAACAGUUGAAUGUUGGUAAAGUACCGAAGCCAACAGUACAUUUUGUUCUCAAUCAGAAAGCAGAUCCUAACAUCAAAAAUCAUUUGGAGGCUAUAAAUAAGAUCGUUUCCGACUUGAAAGAUCAAGAUUUGGCGGAAACAAUUUCUAUUGGAACGGAUACGUUUCAUACAUUACCAUCAGCUUUCAAAAGAGAACGUCUGUCAAACGAUACAAGCGGUCCAUGUCUACUUCGAACAGAGCCAGAUUUUAUUGAACUGACACAGAAACUGGUUUUGAAAAUCAUUCGAUCUGCAAAAGAGUGCUAUGAUCGAGGUGAAACUUCAAAUUUUACUCCACGGCAAUGGUUAACUACAUCAACUACAAUAUUUGCAAUGUUGCAAAGAUUUCCAGAUUUGACAUAUUUUAAAGACAUCAACGAAAAGCAUCAGGAUGACAAAAUACGUAAACAGAUAGAACAACUUCUAUCGAAGACUCUUUCGUCAACCGACCGACAAAAAUUGAUAGAAGAGCAUUCCGAUAAAAAUGAGCAAGAUAUCAAAGGGUCUUUCCAAUCAAAAUUUCAAGACCAUCAACAGAAUCUUAGAGAAGAGUUGGAAAAUAUAUUCUUACUGGAAAAUGCAUCUGAACGUAUUCGUGAUCGUUGUCAACAGUUUCUAGAACGGCAAGUAAACGAAAUACUGAAUGCAUGGUGCACUGCUGCAGUUCAAGCAUCCGACCAAAAGCAAAUGGGAUUACUUGUUCGUGAUGGCGCUGCAGAUUUAAAAAAAUUGAUUGAUGCUAUAAUAGAAAAAGGUGAAACAAUAACUAAAUCUGAAGCAACUAUUCGAUUUGAGAAUAUGUGGGAUGAAAAAGUAAAAUUUAUAAAAGCAAAAUUCAUUCCAGAAGAACGAUUGAAACAAGCAAUUAAAUUUGUUUAUGGAAAUUAUAAUAUUUUUGAACGAAUUUCAUUACCAGGAGUGGACUACUUUCUAAUGGAAAAAUUACCGAUAAUCAAACAAUUAAUAGAACCACAAUCUUUAUUAGAUUUGAAAAGCAUGUUGAGGAUUCACUUUAGUAAUGACGUGAUGCGACUUCAAGAACGUGUCAUAUCAAAACCUAAUGAUUCUAACUCUACAUUAUCAACAAUUGAAAAUUUUACUUUUCUGCACAAACAAAUUUUAUAUGAUAAAUCAUAUUCGAUGAUCGAAGAACAAAUUCGCUGGAACACCACUACUGAUGAACACAAACGAAAUCUGCUCCAACGAAGUUUCGACAAAUUUAAAAAAUGGUUAAGUGGGAACAAAUCUAACACAGGCGAAACAGAACCAGUGAAUAUUCAUGUGAAACAAAAUAUGAGACAAAUAAUCAUGUCCGAAAUAAAAGAAGAUCCGUUUCAUCAAACUAAUACUCUACAAUUGACAGUAUUUUUUGACAAGAUCUAUACACAAUUAUUCAAUUUGAUAUAUGAUCAAAAUAUUAUGCGUCCUGUUGAAAUUGAUAUAAUACAAAAAAUUGUUGGUGUUAUCAAUGCUAUUAUCAAAGAAAUUAAUCUUGAAUUAUCCGUCUUUGAAUUAUCUCUAUCGAAAAAUAUAUCGUCUGCAAUACAUUCGAAUGUCGUACUUUUGUUAACAGUUUUACAUUUUAACGAGCAAAAAUGUCAUUUUGAUAACCAACUUCAAACACUAGAACACAAGAAGCCGGGAUUGUUGAAUUUUUUUCAUAGUAUGGUGGUACCCAACGCUUCCACUGAUACAGAAGGUGGAGAGAUUUUUGUCAACCAAUUUCUUCAAACAAUAACAGAAGUGUUAACUGACAAGGCAUAUCAAAUUAUUGCAAGUACUGUUCAAACACAGCAAAAUUUGACUAGAAAAGAGUUACAAAUGAUAUGUGAUGGAAAAUUACAAACAGCCAAUGAAAAUUGGAUAUUAAAAUAUAUUAAAAAACCGACUGAUAUUAUUGUUGAAGAGUUUAAAAUAAAAUGGACUGAUAUUGAAAAAGUAAUUGAACAACAAAUAUGUGCAGAGAAAAGUCGCUUGCAAAAAUUACUUUAUGACUUCUUUGAAAUUAUUAGACCUAUGUCAACUGCUUUAACAGGUAAAGGAGGAGCAUUACAAUUUAUUCACGAUUUAUUCACAUCAUCUGCUGGUGAUGCUGAUGAAAAUUUGAAGAAUAAAGGUCAAUGUAUGAUGUUAUUAUUCUAUGCAUAUCUAACCAAUGAAAAAAUUGAAUUACAAAAGUCAUAUACAGUAUUUAAUUCCACUUACACUAUAACGCCCAAAGGUGUUCAAUUUUUUCAAAAUUUAUUACAUCCUAAUGCAUCAUUAGCGAAACUGAUUGCUCAAAUGAAAACAAAAUCAACAGUUACAUCAAUUAAAAGUUUUCAUCAAUUUUUGGAAAGUAUAUUAAAAGUUGAACAAAAAGCACAUGAACGCUACAAUAAAUUGUCAACUGCAUUUGCAUCAUAUGAUAAAGAUAAAGUCUACAUUAGAUUACUAGAUAAGGCGCGGGGAUGCACUGCAACAUGCGACGAAGAUAAUAAACAUAGUUGUAGCACAGGUCAUCAAUUACGAGCAUUUACCGGUAUUAAACUUGAAGUUAAAAAUGAAGCUAGUUUAUAUCAAUGUAAUGAGAUUAAUGACAAUGAUUUUAUUAUUGUCAAAGGCAGAAGAAUGAGAUGGAGUGAAAUGAAAUUACUUUAUCCAGAAUGGGAUUUCAACCUAGUGACCGCGGCUGAUAAUGUAACCGAACUUAAAAGCAAAUUUCUCUAUGUAUGGUCAAGAAUUGGAAAAAAGUUUUGUGACCAAUUUGAUAUGGCUUAUGUGACAAUGAAUACGCCAAAAGGUCUAUCAGAAUCUUUUCAUUAUAUCUUAUUGUUGGAUAGUUCUGGCUCCAUGCAUGGUAACAGAUGGUCAAAUUUAUUAGCUGGAGUUAAUGAGUUGAUUACAGCACGUAAAAACAAUGGUACUGAUGAUUGUGUUACGAUCAUAAUAUUUAGUGACAAAGCGAAUUGUUUUUGUGUUAAGAAAUCAAUGAAAGAUGUUGAUACAAAAAAAAUACAAUUUACUGGUGGUAACACAGACUUAGGUCCACCAUUUGACUUAGUAUUGAAAACACUAGAAAGCAAUACGACAGAGAAAACAAUUUUAAAAUCUAUUAUUGUAUUUAUGAGUGAUGGUGAAGCGUUGUAUCCAGAAAAACAAUUAAAUAGUUUGGCAACCAAAGCAGAUACUCAAAUUAAAGAGUUUUGGACUGUAGCUUUAGGUGAAAACAAAAUGGAUGUCUUAGAAAAAAUCAGUCAAAAANCUUAUUCUAAUUAUAUUAUGCGUAAUUUUUAA